CCAGAUAACAUGUUGAAGAUGAUCUUGAUAAUACUCCGAGUGAGAGCUAAUGUUCCUAUUAUAAUCAUGGGAGAAACUGGAUGUGGAAAGACGAGUUUGGUGGAAUACUUAGCAGAAACCUGUGAAAUUCCGUUCAAAAUAUAUAACAUCCACGCUGGACGUUCUGAAGAUGAAAUCAAGAAUUUUGUUGAAGAGCAAAACAAUGAAGCCCGAAAAGCCAAGGGACAAAGAUGGGUUUUUCUUGACGAAAUUAAUACUUGCCAUCACCUUGGAAUGAUAAAUGAAAUCAUGUGUCACCAUACCUUGCAAGGUCAACCAUUAUCUAAGAAGCUUGUUCUGUUAGCGGCAUGUAAUCCUUACAAGUUGCGUCCAGAAGAGAAUGCAACCACCGCAGGUCUUGAAGGCAAGAAUGUAACUGACGAAUAUUCUGAGCUUGUCUAUCGAGUACAUCAAUUACCAGAAGCCAUGGUGGAUUAUGUUUGGGACUAUGGUUCUUUGACACCCCAAGAUGAGAAAAAAUACAUCGAAAGAAUGGUACAAAAGCUUCCUUCUGAUUGCCAACGUGUUUUAGUCGACCUUCUCGCCGAGUCUCAAGCUUUCAUUCGCGAAGCUGAGAGGAACCAUUUUUGUGUGAGUUUGCGUGAUGUUCGCCGAUGCAUUGUUCUGGUUGAAUGGUUUAUGAAGACGAUUGGAAAACGAGCAAAAGUGAUGAAUGGGAGACCGAAUGAAACAAGGUCAGUUCCUGUGCAUCUUAAGAAAUAUAAAGACCUGACACAAAAAGAUACAAUGGAAAACCUGAAUUCAAAAGCAUUGUUCUCGCUUUGGCACAUUGCUAUUUAUCAAGAUUACAAACUGAAGAACUGCGUGAGGAAUACAUAAAGAAAAUGGCGCAACAAUUUCCAUUAGUUGCAAAUGAAGAUGAAUUUUCAGCGAUUAUCCGCAUGGAACAAGAAGAUUACCUUGAUCGAAUGGAACUCCCUCCAGGAACAGCAAGAAACGCUGCUCUACGGGAGAAUGUUUUUGUCAUGCUAGUAUCCAUUCUUAACCGUAUACCUGUUUUCGUGGUGGGAAAGCCAGGUUGCAGUAAAUCAUUGGCAAUUCAACUAAUCAAAAGCAAUCUUCGCGGUGAGGAUUCGAUAGAUCCAUUUUUCAAAACGCUUCCGCAUCUCUACGUUGUUUCUUAUCAAGGUUCUGAAUCUUCCACAUCCGAAGGAAUAGAAGAAAUUUUUGAAAAAGCAUCAAAUUACAAAAAUCAAGACGCGAAUGUGUUGCCGGUUGUUCUUCUCGAUGAAGUUGGCUUGGCAGAGAAUUCUUCAAACAAUCCUCUCAAAGUUCUGCACAGUAUUUUAGAACCAGGGAAAGGCGAAUUACCACAAGUUGCAGUUGUUGGUAUUUCAAAUUGGGCGUUGGAUGCCGCUAAAAUGAACAGAGCAAUUCAUUUGUCACGACCAGAACCCACAGUUAAGGAUCUUGAAGAGACAGCAAUCUCUCUUUAUCAUGCGGACGGUGAACGACAAGUGGAUGCAACCACCAGAAACGUGUUAGCUAACAUCGCUGAUGCUUAUCAUGAGUACCAGUCUGAACAAGGACACCGCAAUUUCCAUGGUCUUCGUGAUUAUUAUUCUCUUGUUAAAAGCCUUCGCAAUGGCACUUUUGAUGAUUAUAAAAUUAACAUAGCUUUACAACGAAAUUUUGGAGGCAUUCCAGUCGAAUCAAGCAAAAUUCAAGAGAUCUUCAUGGAUAAAUUUCUUGUAGGUGAGAAAUAUGUUAGAAUUCCAGUCGCUACACUUAUUCAAGAGAAUCUUGACGACCUAAAAGCUCGCCAUUUGAUGCUCAUAACAAAUGGAGAUUCAGCUAUUGGCAUACUCAAGCAGAACUUUUCACAGUCGGAAAAGGAAACCAUCACGAUCUUCGGCAGUCGUUUUGAGGAAGAUAUGUCAGAUGACUACAAUUACAGAAUGUUAAGUCGCAUUAUUCUUUGUAUGGAGCGCGAGUGUAUCCUGAUAUUGCGUGAUCUUGAAUGUAUCUAUGGAAGUCUGUAUGAUAUGUUAAAUCAGAAUUACUCUGUGGUUGGGAAGAGAAAGAACUGUCGAGUGGCUCUUGGCGCCAACAGCAACCCAAUGUGUUAUGUUAACGACGGAUUUCGCUGCAUUGUUCUUGUUGACCAUGACAAAGUCGAUUUUUCUGAUCCGCCAUUCCUCAACAGAUUUGAAAAGCAGUUACUUCGUUUCUCUGACGUGCUAAAUGAAGACCAACAAGAAAUUAUUGAAGAGUUAGAAUCAUGGGUUGAACAAAUGUCAUGUGUUGAAGAUUUAGACGAGCAAUUUAAAAAAUCUGAUAUGUUCAUGGGUUUUCACGAAGACACACUUCCAUCACUCGUUCUGUUACAUAGCAAAGAUACAGAUGACUGUGGAGUGAUUUUAAAGAAGUGCAAAGAUGAUUUGAUGUGGAUUGCAACGACUGAUGGAGUUCUAAGGGCACAAAAAUGCGAAUUCAUGCAGGAAAAUCCACAAGAAUUAAAAAUGCUGGUUGAAGAUUACUUUGAGAAGCCAAUUCAUCAUGGACUGUCAUCGUUUAUUGAGUGUGUUGUGCGCGACCAACAGUUAACAUAUACUAGAGAAAGUGAAUUUGGAUCAAAAACUGUUGUAAUGACGUACGCCACUGUUCAUUCCGACAUAUCUAAAUAUCUUGAUCCUACCAUUGCAACGUAUCAGCUUGAAAGACUUGGUUCUUAUAAGUCAGAGAAGCAGUUGGAAGAUAGAAUUCAUAAUUUCUUCUCCUCAGAUAAAGAUUUGCUUGUUUUUCAAUGUAAACCGGAGUUGGAUGAUAAACACAUGCUACUUGCUCGAUCAAUUAUCGAAGAUAAAAGAAAAUCUUACGUGGAGGAGUAUCAAGAAUCGAAUUCAAUGAAACGAAGGAAACAUGUUUGUAUCAUUGUUCAUGUACGUCGGGUAGUGAGAGAAGAAACAACAGGCUGGCAAUUCAAUUUUCUCAGCGGCUGGAAGCAAGUCUUUCUUGAUGCUCUUGACGUCCCAUCGAUUGGAGUGAGCGAAAUGCGAAAUGAAAGUAUCGAAAAUCUCUUCUCCUCGUCAGUUUGGUCAUUUCAGGGAUUUGCUGCAAAGUGCAUCCUGUGGUGUUUUAACUGCAUAAAGUACUCCCAAAGCGAGAGGCGACGUGAAACUAUCCUGAAAAUUGCAAAGAACCUCUUUGCGUCUGAGAAAGUCACCACAGCUAUUCAGAAGCUUGUUCUGCGAAAUGUCGACUCGAUUGAUGAUGAUACGUUUGAGGAGACAUGGCAGGUAAAAGUUGCUUGCGAUAUUGAACUUCUUCUCAAUUCCUCCACCGUUUCCUCGGCAAUGGAACAAUAUCUUUCCUUUUUAAUUCGUCAACCACUAGCUAAGAUAGUUUACUUCCUGGAAAGAGAAAAUGCUUGGCCACCUCACGUCCUCUCAACUCAUGAAGACACCAUCGACUACGAAGACAUCUGGUGUGAUUUAUUACUAAAUAGCACAAUUCUUAACAUCGUCGAAAUCCCAGAAUCGCACGGGGCCGAAACAUAUUUUGUUGAUGGAGUACAUCUAAAUCUGAGAGUACCAUUCAGUCAAGUGAUCUUCCACGAUGCCGACUCCGCCAGAGGUCCGAUUAUGAAAGAAUAUGCCAAAGCAAUGAGAAAUGAAUCAAAUUUCGACGACAGUGAUAGAUUGAAAGCAGAUGCGCGGUUGGAACAUCUUCGUCAAUAUUCCAAGAUUCUUAGAAAGUUGGCACCAUGCAUACACGUGGUUUCAAAAAAUUGUAUGAGCUCGUACAUGGCUGACGUAUUUGAAUUAUUAUCUGCAGAUUUCUACAGCAAGAUUAAUAGUCAACAAUGCAUAUCAUUCUGCAUGUGUGCCUUUUUAUCAUUCGCUAAACAGUGGUUACCAAUUGAAGACAACGAUCCACAUCAAUUUUAUGCUUUACUCCACUUGUUUGCAUGGACCUCAAGUGAUGAAAUAAACUGUCUUCUCGAACUAGUAGACUCAUGCUGCCAAGAACUCAUGCAACCUAAAUACUUAGAGAAAAUGACAAGAGAAUUCUUUUUAGAAAACCAUCAUGUUUUACCCUUUUCUGAGACAGACCCAAUUGAUGAAAGGUUUGAUGUCUUAAGAACUAAGACCAAGUCUUCAGGAAGAGAAUAUAAAGACAGAGAAAGCAACGAUUAUGACUCCAGUGACAGUGACUCCAGUGAUAGCGAUGAUAGCGACUCCAGUGAUAGUGAUGAUAGCGAAGAUGAAGAAGAUGAUGAUGAUGAAGAGGAAGAAGACUGCUUUGAAGAUAUUUUGGUGACCGAAAUUUGUGAAAAACUGUUCCCUUCAAAAAGGACGGUGGAAAAGAACGGUGGACUGGAUUUAUGGAUAGAAAAUUCUUCGCAUUUACUUUCGUUGGCAUCAAAAGUCAGCAACGAAACUCCUCCGGCAUACCAUUUUCUACGUUUAUGUGUUGACUACGCCGAGAUGGUUGUUCAGGAAAGUGGAAAGUGCGAGGAUUAUCUAUACGUUCUAAACACAAUAGGCAGGGAACUUGAACCAGAAUAUCUUGACGAUGAAAGUUCAUUCCAGAAAAUAAAGGAAAAGGUUAUUGAUCCUGUUGAGAAUUAUUUGAUGGGCGAAGAAGAAAAUCAUGCUAUAUUACAAAUAUUCCUAGCUCAGUUUUACAAUCGUUUUCCAGAAGCAAAUGCAGAAACAAAGUCAGCCCGUGCAAUAAUUGAACAUGUCUUGUCACUGCGUGGCGAAGAAGUAUUGAUUAUGACAUCAGUUAUCUAUCGAUUGUUGUUCGCUGAGGAAGACCGUUCAUCGGGUAUUUUUAUUGAUAUCAUUCUUGAUCAGAAGGUAGGAGAGAAGCAAUCAAAUCUAAAAGAUAUCGACGAGGUUUUCAAGGAACGCUUUGCAGUUGGGCAAAUUCACCAUGAUUCUUAUCCAGCAGUCAUGAUAUGCGAUUUAAUACACUUCAUUCAGAACUUUGAUAAGUAUUUCAACAUUAAACAGUUAGCAAGUUCCGACAGCAAGCUACUAAGGUGUUUUCGUUCUGCCACAAACUUUGUGACCGGUAGUGAUGAUAACAUUGGCCUAGUCCUUCUUUCAUCCGUCGCAUUUCUUCGAGCAUUUUACUCGAUGUUAUCAAAAAAUCGAUCCAUCUUGACAGGGGAAACUCCAUAUUCUCACGUUAUGAAUGAGAUAAACUCUCUCCUAGCAGGCGGUGGGGCAAGAAGAUCAUCUCUUCAAAUAUUCUUCCUCAAACAACUUUACCGUGACAAUAUGACGAUGUUUGAUCUUCGCAAGUUGUGUUUUGAAAGUGUUAAUCUCCCUGUGAUUAGGAAUCAAAUGGAGCAAUGCAAGAUCGUCAACAAGGUCGAACUUGUCUCAGUUUUCCGACUAGACGAAUAUGAAGAAGUGAAAGCUGCAUUUUCUCUACUAACUCAGAAAAACGAAGAAGAAAUGUCCAAUGUCAUGAAAAAAUGUGAGAAAUCCGCAAACCAUCGCUUAGCGUUAUUGGGAAUCCUGAUAAAUGAGUUUUUCGUCAAAAAAGCUGUUGGUAAUCUCAGUGACAAAGAAGAACACUUGGCAAAUUGGUUUAGGAAAAAUUCCAAAGAUCUUCCGUCUGUAAUGAAGGAACUUCUUGUCAGAAUAGUUGGUCACAAAAGUUUCAGACACCAGGGCUUACAGAUUUCGCUUGAAUCUUCGACUUAUGAAAUUGAUAUAGCGUUGUUAAUACUUCAUGUUUCAUGUGUUGUAGCGAGUCAUGACGAGGGUGAGAAUUCUCCACUGGUCCAAUAUUUUUCCAACCCAAAGAAUUGUCAUGUUCUCGCGCAAGGUGAAGAUAGAAAACGUCGUGUGUUCCAACAAUUUACGUUAUGCAACGAAUCCACAGAGUCGAAAGAAUGGGAAGAAUGCACGGUUAAUAUGAGUGCUUCUGUGUAUCGUGCAUUGGAUAUGAUCGUUUAUGCGUGUUUUUAUGCUGGAAUAGCAACCGGAAUUUCAUCCAGUGAAGACGUGCUUCCUUUAUUACCAGCAAAUAAACAAGGAUCCCCCUCAAGAGCGACAUGUAAAGAUUCAGCAGAUUUCUGCUUCAAUCGUGUCAAAGACGAUCUGCGAUGCUUACAGACGAUCCUUUCCUGUGAUAGUCGCACUGCAGUUGACGUCAUGCAUCUUGUUGUCGAGGAAUGUACGGAGCUUAUUCGAGGGAAGACUUCCAGUGAUGGUAAUUUUGGCACGCGUAGAGAAUGCAUAGAGUGGGAAAACAGAUUUACAAAUGUAGCUGAAGAAAUUCUGCCAAAAGCCCUUGGAUCUGCAAGACAACUUAAAGAAACUAGAAUGGAUUUCGAAGGGGAAAAACGUUCUUUGAUAGAAAAACAAAUCAUGGAACUCGAUGAAUAUCCGUCUGAUCACGAGCAACAAAAUGAAGAAUUGAAAAGGUUAUUUCGUGUAACCAAACAACCAUCAUUUACGGAAUUGCGAUCUAUAUAUCUUAACCGUUUCAACGAUUUCCAAGAGCACAGAGUCUUGGCAGUAUUGCUUUCGAAGUUUCACGAGCUGCCAUAUCUUGCUUGUUUAUAUCCACUCAUAAGAUGGAGUCGUUUGGUCUCUUCAAAACUGACGAACCGAAUCAGCAGAAAGGAAGCGCAAUCUAAAGUCAUAUAUGAUUUUAUCGAUGGUCGUCUCUUGCGGCAGGAGGAAAGUAACGAUGAGGGAACUGAACUUAGAGAAAUAUUCAACGACUUCAAAGUGGCUUGGAACAAAGUGCGAGAAUUUGUUAAUCAGAAUAUUGAUCCUGACCAGGAAGAGAUGCCAUAUUUAACGGAGGAAAGCUACAUAGGCUACUGCCUGACAGAAGGUGACUUUAGUAUCUAUCUACAAACAGCAAUCAAGAUCCUUCAAUCAAUCCAGAACAACAUUUUAGAUGAGAUAACUCUUGCAUCAGCACGUACUAGACAUGCUGCUCGGCUUCGUUUGCUCAAAAAGAACAAAAACCGUAACGCAAUUACGUCCGUCUCUCUUCAAGAAGCAAAAGAAAAAGAUAUCAUCAAGUUUAAUUGGUCAGAUGAAUUCCUCAAGUAUGUACAAGAUCCGAACUAUGGCUUAGGUGAAGAUACUGAUUAUGAUUUUGAUAAAAUUGAAGAGGAACUAGUGAUUGAGAUUGUGGCAGGAAAAUGCCAUCUUACAGAAUCUGUGAACACUUUUAUAUUCGCCAAGGAACUUUUCCAUUCCAGUGCUAAAGUUUUAACGAAAAUUCGUGAAUUUUGUCCGCAAAGUCAGUCACUACCAGAAGAAAUUUGCCAAGGAUUGAAUAGCCUGAAAGAAAGCAGAAAGCAAGAUGCACGGACUCUUCUUCAACAUAUCGAGAUUGUCAUUUAUCUACUAAAUAUUGAAUCAAUUCCUGCUGAUGAUAUCAAAAAGAUAACACUGGUGAAAUUUGUCGAAAUGUGGGAGACAAAGCUUCCUAGUCCAUUCCCAAUUGAUUUGCUACCGGAACCAAAAGCUUCCAUCCAACUGACCCAUAUUGCUGCUCUCUAUGAAGCAUUGGAAGAUCUGCUCGCUGAUGGCGCAAUCGAAGGUCUACCCAGGCAAUACAACGUGAAAUUGACCAAGGAUACUGAAAAGAUUCUGAAUAGUUUGGUUGAUAACAGAAACAAAUCUUUAAAACUCAAAUUAUUCCUCAAAGCGUUGCGUCGUUUCGUAUUCCGUUAUCUUUCAGCAGAAAAAUUUCUUCCAGAAUCGCACACGCCAUUGCGUUCCUGCUUGAUGGAGCCUUCGUUGUGGUCACCAGAAGAAGCUCCCAGUGCUGAUGUUAUUCCUGGAGAGUUGAGACUGGAGAAUAUCUACGCUAUAAUGAAACAUCUUGAUCAGGAACUAAAAGAACACUCCAGCGCAAGACUAAAUCAAGAAAGUCGUGAAACUGGUCUUGGCAUCAGAAGAAGACCAAAAAGAAGGGUUAUUGCAAAGUUUUCACGUUGAUCAUUUUAUAGAAACGUUAAUCAUUUUAUAGAUUAUGCAACACUUAAGUAAUUGAUUGAAUUUUUAAAUUAGUAUGUGUAGUUGUAGAAUGUAAUGAACUGAAUAUUUUGGUUGGAGAUUUGGUUGGAGGUUUGUGUUUUAUGGGAAAAAGUAUUUUAUUCCCAAAAAGAUGGCGAAACAGAUGAAAUUUUGUCGAAGGAGAAAACCUGCAAUGGGAACCUAAAAUAAACUUAUUAUGUUUUCAAUACGGCCAGUAAUUUGUCAGAAGUUCCCUACGUAAGCCAUUAGUCAAUCGAAAACCUACACACGUCAUUCUCCAAGAAAGUUAACUACAUCCUACAUUGCUGGAAUACCAAACCGUAAACAUUUGCUUGAAAGUCGCUUCACUUAGUGUCAACACAAAAUGUUCGAACCAUGCAGAUAUAUGCAAUCUAAGAAGCCUCUUUAAUUGAAUAUGCAUGCGAACAUGCUUCAUCCUGACCAUAUUUAUUCUGAUUCAAAAAUAUAUUAGUUAUAUAAGAUAUUUUUGAAAAGCCUUUACUAAAGACUGCAUGAAUCGAACUUACACCUAUAAC